UUGGCUGGACGCCCGGCUCCCUCUCCGGAUGCGGCUGCCGCCGCCAUUGUGCGGCGCUGGUCCCCAAAGAGGGUUCUCUCUGCGGCGAGUGUCUUGGGCUUUCGCCCUCGCUUCUCGCUCUCUUGUCCGGGGAGCCCGGCGGGUCCGGGACUCCCGUCCGUGCCGGUGCGGGCGCCGGCAUGUGGCUGUGGGAGGAACAGGGGGGCCUCCUGGGCCCGUUCUCCUUCCUGCUGCUGCUGCUGCUGCUGGUAACGCGUAGUCCCUUCAAUGCCUGCCUCUUCACCGGCAGCCUCUACCUCUUGCUGCGCCUCUUCAGCUUUGAGCCUGUGCCCGCCCGCAGGGCCCUGCAGGUGCUCAAGCCCCGGGACCGCGUUUCCGCCAUUGCCCACCGCGGCGGCAGCCACGACGCGCCCGAGAACACGCUGGCGGCCAUUCGGCAGGCAGCUAAGAAUGGAGCAACAGGUGUGGAAUUGGACAUUGAGUUUACUUCUGACGGGAUUCCUGUCUUAAUGCACGAUAACACAGUCGACAGGACAACUGAUGGCACUGGUCGACUGUGUGAUUUGACAUUUGAACAAAUUAGGAAGCUUAAUCCCGCAGCAAAUCACAGGUUAAGGAAUGAUUUCCCUGAUGAAAAGAUCCCUACCCUGAGAGAAGCCGUUGCAGAGUGCCUAAACCAUAACCUCACAAUCUUCUUUGAUGUCAAGGGCCAUGCAAAUAUGGCUACUGAUGCUCUAAAGAAAAUUUAUAAGGAGUUUCCUCAACUAUACAAUAAUAGUAUCGUCUGCUCUUUCUUGCCAGAAGUUAUCUAUAAGAUGAGACAAACAGAUCAGAAUGUAGUAACGGCUUUAACUCAUAGACCUUGGAGCCUUAGCCAUACAGGAGAUGGGAAACCACGCUAUGAUGCUCUCUGGAAACAGUCCAUGUUUACGGUAAUGGACAUUUUGCUCGACUGGAGCAUGCACAAUAUCCUGUGGUACCUGUGUGGAAUUUCAGCUUUCCUCAUACAAAAGGAUUUUGUAUCCCCGGACUACUUAAAGAAGUGGUCAGCCAAAGGCAUUCAGGUUGUUGCUUGGACUGUUAAUACCUUUGAUGAAAAAAGUUACUACGAAUCCCAUCUUGGUUCCAGCUAUAUCACUGACAGCAUGUUGGAAGACUGUGCAUCUCAGUUCUAGAAUUUUCCCCUAGGGAGGAAACGUGGGGACAGAAACUGCCUGCUGGCCUCAUGCAGGGAUAUCAAAAUACCCUUUGUGCUAGCCCCAGCCCUAGGGGAUCAGGUGGUUCACACAAGCAAUAGUUGGUAUUUGCAUUUUUACCUGAACCAGAGCAAAACCUGGUUUUGCUUUCCUUGCUCCAUGGAAUGCCUGACUUCAACACUAUUGCUCUUGAAUAUCUGGGUCUGCAAAAAGGCACAACAGCUCCUGCCCCAGCCUUGCUGAGGCAUACACCGAGACCCAGAGAGGAUAAGCACAGAUUGAGUUGUGCAAUUUGGGGGUGCAGAUGCAAAUGCAUGGGAAAUGCAUGAUCACACAAAGUUGACAUUUUAAAACUUGACACACUUAUGUAAUUUACUUAUUUAAAAUAUUUGUAUUCAGCUACAUUAUCAAUGUACUAUAGACAUCAAACUUGUGACCAUACUAAUAAAAUCAUUAAAAGGAGCACUAAGGGAAAACUGUGUACCAAGCAUCAUGUCCUGAGACAUAAGGAAUUUAGGGAGGCUGCUCCCUGCAAUCCAGGGACCAGUGGCAACAGCCCCCUGUGAGCCAAAGGAAAUGGUAGCUAAGUCUUGAUACCAGUGCAAGGGAUUAUUUAUGGUAUCCUGAAGUAACUACAAACCACUAGGGGGCAGGGUUUUGCUCGUUGGGGCAACUCCAGGGCAGAUGACGGUGGAACUCUAAGGAACAUCCAGAAACACCUAGGCUUAUCCUCCUUUUACAAAUAAGAAAACCAAAACCUGUGGAAGGAAAAGGUCUUCAGAAAUGACACACCUGGUGACACAGCACAGCCUGACCUCAUAAAACUGAAAUCUGCUGUUUGCCAGGAACUUCAGUGUUUUAACAUGCAUCAUCCCAAAUCCCAGAAAACCAUACAGAGGUAUUAUUCCCUUUUUAUGAAUGAGGAAACCAAGGCAUUGAAAACUUAAAGUCACUUACCCAAGGUCUCAGAGUCCUUGGUCCAAAGGAGAUUCAAAUCCAAGCCAAUCUAACCUCAGGGCCCUUGCUCUUAGCCAUUUGCCCUGUCUGCCUUUAUAAUGUAGAGCCCUUAAUUCCAAGCUCUGUGCUCUUUUCCACAUAAGCUUCCAGGGGUCUUACUGUGAACUGAAGUAGCAAUAUCUAAAAUGAAACAGAGUUGGCGCAUCUGGGUGGCUCAGUUGAUUAAGCAUCUGACUUAAUUUCAGCCCAGGUUAUAAUCUCAGGGUGGGGAGAUGGAGACCCACAUCAGGCUCCGUAGCCUGCUUAAGAUUCUCGCCCUCUGCCCCAACUGCUCGCACAUGCAUUCUCUCUCUUAAAAAAAA